AUGGCGCCUUCUACCAAUUCAGCGAAAGCGGACGACCAAACUGAGCCUCCUUCAAUCGGAAUCAAAAGGGUAGAAACAGCUCAGGAUAGCAAAGCGCAGAGGCUCUUGCGUGUAGAUCAAAUUUAUAGCAGGUACGUCCUUCGAUCUCCCUUCACUCGCCGACCAAUACCAAUGCAACCACAGAAAGGACCGGCAGACACACUUCGUAUGCUCGCGGAAACAGAGGUAGAUAUCAAGUCGGUUCUACUGAAGGAAGUACUUCUCGAAAUCUUUGAUGGUGUCGAGGGACUCAGUCUAAAUAAAACCCCUCCCAUGUGUUCGCCCGAAAUACUUUUCCAUGCCAAAGAUGCCCUGACAUCAAGAAAAGCAGAUGAGAAAGAGAAAGACGAUCCAAACCAAACUCUGAUCAAUGAUAUUGAGUCGUUGCUUAAUAAUGGUGAAAUCACAUUUGACCUGCUAUGGGCUUUGAUGAAGCCAAAAGAUUACGUGGUUUCUAUACAGUUUAGGCUUACAGGCCAAAGUCAAGCUUUGAGUGUUGUCAGUGGGACCUAUCAUAAGCGACAGAAUUCUACGAAUUAUUUCAAGCUUAACGGCCGCAUGAUCUCUCAUGACGGAGAAGAUUUUGGCUAUGACUUCGUAGACACCGAGAUAGAUGAGUUUGAUGGUGCAAGGAAAAUAACUUCGUUAAAGGCAUAUCCCAUUCAAUAUGAUCCAAAUUCAGAUACCCUCCGUAAGAAUUUGAUCCAACGAGGACGCAAGUAUUUGUCCUUGAUUCGAGCUCUUCCUCAAGCUUUUUGUCAAGAGUAUACUAUGGAUUUUGGCUUGGAAGAUCAUGAAACUUCGAACGGAAGAAUUCAGGCUCAGAAAGCUAAUUUACGUGGUCGUGUCAUGGCGGAUCCCGAGGCAUGGAAGUUCAAUAAUGGUUGGACGGAUCUUGCUACACCAAUAAUUCUGGGAGAAUAUUCUAUCACAGGUAAAGAUCUAGAUUUACAUGAUGACCAAUUGUUGGUUUGCGCGAACUGGAUCAACGGCUUUAGUUUAACCCAUAAGUCUUGGACGACGCUUCUUUUGAUGAAAUCAUUGAAAACAAAGGGAAAGGUUGUUGGAUUGCUCAGUGGUAGUCCUGGUGUUGGAAAAACAUUAACUGCUGAGGCUGUUGCUGAGGUUACCUCUCGUCCCUUGUAUCAAGUCAGCACUGGGGAGCUUGGAAUUGAUGCUGAUAAGGUCGAUAAACGUCUGGGUAUGAUACUAGAGAUCACUACACGAUGGGGUUGUGUUCUGCUUAUCGACGAGGCGGAAAUAUUCCUUGCAACGCGUGGAAACGACCUUGCUCGCGAUACUCUCGUGAGCAUCUUCUUACGAAGGCUUGAAUACUUCAGGGGUGUUUUAAUCUUAACGACAAAUCGGAAGUCAGAAAUCGAUCCAGCUCAGUGCCGUAUACACUUCUCUAUCCACUAUCCUGAUCUAACAGAAAGUGGUCGUGUAACUGUUUGGACUAACUUUAUCGACACCAUCUCGAAGCAAACGGGAACUCCUAGCCUCGAUUCAGCUGAUAUCGAAAAACUUGCUAGACUUGAGUUGAAUGGACGGCAAAUCAAGAAUGCAGUCUCGUGUGCAGUAUCACUCGCAAGAGAGGAAAAAGAGCCACUUUCCGUGAAUCAUAUUGAGAUGAUCUUGAGUAUCACAAAUUUGUGA